UUUGUUCCAGUGAUACAUAAUUAAAAGCAUCUGACUACACUGGGAAGAGCCUUGAGCCCCUGGAAGAGAGUUUUUGUUACAGACAGGAAUAAUGUGAAAGAGAAAAAUGAAGCUGACCAGUGAACCUCUGCCUCAUGUAUAUAACAAUGAGACCAUUCUCCAGUCCAUUUCAAAGUACUGCAAUAGUGAAUUGGAUGGUUUAAAAUGGCUAUCCAAUGAAGAAACUUACAGUCAUGGUUUUCUGCUUGCAAAGGCUGAAGAACAUCUGGAAAAGCGGAUCAAAGAUGGAGACCCUCUGGCAUAUUUUCUAAAAGGGCAACUUUAUUUUGAGGAGGGAUGGUAUGAAGAUGCAUUGUUACAAUUUGAACAAAACACAGAUUUUCAGUCCAUAUAUCAGUUGGGUGUAAUGUAUUACGAUGGAUUGGGAACACCACCAAAUCCUAAGAAAGGAGUUGAAUAUAUGAAGAAGAUUCUCAACUCUGACUCCCCUAAAGCAAGACAUUUAAAAUUUGCUGCUGCCUACAACCUUGGCCGAGCUUAUUAUGAAGGACAUGGGACUGAGAUUUCUGAAAAAGAAGCUGAAAGAUUAUGGUUUAUUGCUGCAGACCAUGGGAACCCAAAAGCAAGUGUAAAGGCUCAGAGUACACUUGGAAUGUUGUAUUCAGCACGACAUCCUAAGGAUCUUAAAAAGGCAUUCUUUUGGCAUUCAGAAGCUUGUGGGAAUGGAAGCUUGGAAUCUCAAGGCAUCCUUGGGCUUAUGUAUCUUUAUGGACAUGGUGUACGUCAGAACUUGAAGGCUGCUUUGGAGUGCCUCAAUCAGGCAUCAGAUCGAGGGAAUGUCUAUGCUAAAGGCCAUUUGGUGGAAUAUUACUACAGAAGAAAAUUUUUUACAAAAGCGGCCGAAUUUGCCAAAAGAAUAACAGAAAAUGACAAUGUUGAAAAGAUAGCAAAGGAAACAGAUUGCCUUCCUUUUUACGUAAGCAGAGGACUUGCAACGGCUUCUUUCUACUUGGCCAGAUGUCUCCAGCUUGGCCUAGGAAUCCAACAAGAUUUAGCAGCAGCUAAAAAAUACUAUUCUAAGGCAUGUAGACUGGAUCCUGCUUUAGCUGCUGAUCUUGAGCUGACUGCUAAUCAUGGGAGAAUUUAAGAGUAUUAUUUUGCUGAAUCUGAGGAACACUUUUCAUUCAGCUUUUGAUUAAUCAUGAUUAAUGUGAGCAAACUUCAUAUAUCUCCCUUAUCCUUCAUUUAGAGUGAAGCAUAUGGAUUUCCUUCAGUAAAGUUAUAACCAUUAUGUUUGGUCAAAUUCUAUUACUUUUCUAAAUUUAUUCUUUCAUUCUGUUAACAUAAUAAAAGUUGAGACCUGAUGAUCACUGAGUACAUUUCUGAAGGCAUUUGCAAUCACCAGUCCUCGGUUAAGACUGUGUGCCAUGUCAGUACUCUGCCUUAAACAUUAUUUCUUCUGAUCCUCUCUCCUUAAAAGGAGAGGAAAAUUCAAGACUUUGUUGCUGUUCUGGAGAAAGGCUGGCUAGCCUCUCAGAGGAAAAAGGAAAUCUCUAGUCCUUGCCUUAAAUACAAAUUCUGCUUUAAUCAUGAGUGGCAAAGCAGGUUUAGGGAAUGCAAUUCUCUUGGACUUCUCAAAAUUGAUUUCAAAUAGGGUAAUUUCUAUACAGUAUGAGAUAAGGGAUAAAGAGAAAGCAUGAAUUCUUUAAAGAAAACAAACCAAAUAUUCAUUAACCUACACCAGCUCCUUUUAUACAUUGGUAAAGAUAAAAAUCACCAUAGCUAGUCCUGCACAGGACAUCUUCAGAUGCUGAAGAUGACAAAAGAAAUACAGAAAACCUAUUCUUUACUUACAAUGUUCUGUCAGGUUGAACACAAACAACAGGAAAAUGUGGUCAAUCUAUUAGGUAAC